UUGACCCACCCCUUAUCUAUGUACGUCGUCGAUCUUUCCAGUCAUUCUCUGAUCUCGUUCGCCCUCUGACUAAAGCUAUAAGAAGACCCAGGUGAAAAGGAGAGCUCAUAGCCAAAAAGGAUAUUAACUUAGUUUGGAGGCUGAAGGAGAAAGUCCGUUGAGCUGUAGCAUUAUCUUGUCUUGUGUGGAGAUUUUUUGAAUAUUUCCGUUACUACAAAAGGACAAUAUGGAGCCGUUGAAGAGAGACUUGAUUUCACUCAGAGUGGUAUUCGUGUUGGGAGUACUUCUAGCAGUUACAGCGUGGGCCUCCAGUUUACCAUUGUCUGAAUACAGCGAGGGGCAAGGUCCAGUGGACAACAGCGACAUCUAUGUAUCGUUACCAGGGAAUUACCGCGACAAUGAUGUGCCACGUGUGCGGGACAUUCUGCCGCCUUUUGUUUUGGCUCGUUUGAACCAGAGGAGACCUAGUAAUGCUGGUGGCUUUGCAGAGUACUUGAGGAAAAGAAAGUGUCAGCCUGAAUUCUUCUCUGGGACGAGCAGAUGUUAAGUUAGUAAAUAUCGUUUUUUAAAAAAUGACUUUUCGAAGAUGUCGCAGCUUUUGCAACGGCGAUACCACAUGGCCAAUUUUGCCUUCUGUUUCUUGAAACAUGCCUUAUAAAUAUACAAUGAUGCCACCUACAUUCAGAACUGCACGACUGGUCCAGAAAGGACACUAGUGGUGUUGCCAUUUUGCUAUGUUCUUGCAAACAGCAUAUAGAGCAUCCCAGAAGUACAGAUGUGAACUUGCCUUUGCUGUAUUUCAUUUUCUGUAUUUGCAUUCUGUGUUUGUAUUUUGAUUAUUUGUUUCGGACGCAAAAACAUACGAAGAUGUACAUAACAUUAAAAGGCGAGAUAUUUCAGUACUGCGGGCUUGACUAACCAUGAGACAAGAAGCUCUGACAUCUAAGCCAACAAAUGGAAACUGCUUCCCAGACAAGAAUAAAAAAGAAAAAAAAACAAGGUUGAUAUAAUUUAAAAAUUACUUACAGUUGUCUUUGAAAGUAAAAUAUUAGAUUUAUAGCAUUGUGCUAUCUUAAGUCACAUUAAAUGCACGCACGCUGACAAUGAUUUUUACUGCAUGAUUUAGAGUCUCUACAGGACUGUCAGUGUGGAUAAUUAUUGUAAUUUGGUAACCAAACACACG